AAGUGUCAUGUGACUUCCCUCUACUGGUCCCGCCUCUUUCCCCGCCCCGGUCCGGGCGAGCGCUGGUGUGGACGGGAAGAUCCCGGCCCAGCGGAUUAACUGGAGCACGGACGCUGCAGCCGGUUGGGCUGGUGCGCUUUCCCGCUCUGGAAAGGAAGAGAAAUGGAAGUGAGAAAGUUGAGCAUUUCCUGGCAGUUCUUGAUAGUUCUGGUUCUGAUCCUGCAAAUUCUGUCUGCGCUGGAUUUUGACCCAUACAGAGUCCUAGGGGUCAGCCGAACAGCCAGUCAGGCUGAUAUUAAAAAGGCUUAUAAGAAGCUCGCCCGGGAAUGGCAUCCGGACAAAAACAAAGAUCCUGGAGCAGAAGACAAGUUCAUUCAAAUCAGCAAGGCUUACGAGAUUCUUUCCAAUGAAGAAAAGAGAUCGAAUUAUGACCAAUAUGGAGAUGCUGGAGAGAGUCAGGGAUUCCAGAAGCAGCAGCAGCAGCGAGAGUAUCGCUUCCGCCAUUUCCAUGAAAAUUUCUAUUUCGAUGAAUCUUUCUUUCACUUCCCUUUUAAUUCUGAGCGGCGGGACUCAAUUGAUGAAAAGUAUUUACUGCACUUUUCACAUUAUGUGAAUGAAGUGGUUCCGGAUAGCUUCAAGAAACCCUACCUCAUUAAGAUCACCUCGGAUUGGUGCUUCAGCUGUAUCCAUAUCGAGCCGGUUUGGAAAGAAGUCGUUCAAGAGCUGGAAGGCUUAGGGGUAGGCAUCGGCGUGGUCCAUGCUGGCUAUGAGAGACGCCUGGCCCAUCACCUGGGAGCGCACAGCACACCCUCCAUCCUCGGCAUCAUUAACGGGAAAGUCUCCUUCUUCCACAACGCAGUCGUUCAGGAGAACCUGCGGCAAUUCGUAGAAAGUCUUCUUCCCGGGAACUUGGUGGAGAAAGUUACAAAUAAAAAUUACGUCCGAUUCCUCUCUGGCUGGCAGCAGGAGAAUAAACCUCAUGUGCUUCUGUUUGACCAAAUCCCCACUGUGCCGCUGCUAUACAAGUUGAUUGCUUUUGCCCACAAAGAUUAUUUAUCCUUUGGAUAUGUGUAUGUGGGUUUGCGAGGGGCGGAGGAGAUGACGAGGCUGUACAACAUCCAUUUCCACACCCCCAGCCUGCUGAUCUUUAAAGAACACAUAAACAAGCCUGCCGACAUCCUCCAGGGCCGAGGUAUGAAGAAACAAGUCAUUGACGAUUUCAUUGCCCAGAACAAGUAUCUGUUGGCAGCCAGGCUAACCAGCCAGAAGUUGUUCCAUGAACUCUGCCCUGUGAAACGGUCUCACCGACAGAGGAAGUACUGUGUGGUUUUACUGACUGCCGAGGCUUCCAAGUUAAGCAAACCCUUCGAGGCUUUCCUGUCCUUUGCCUUGGCAAACACUCAAGACAUAGUGAGAUUUGUGCACGUCUACAGCAGUCGGCAGCAGGAGUUUGCCAACACCUUGCUCCCGGAUGGCGAGGCCUUUCAGGGGAAAUCUGCGGUGUCUAUCUUAGAAAGGCGCAACACCGCAGGAAGGGUGGUAUAUAAAACCCUGGAAGAUCCCUGGACCGGGAGUGAGACUGAUAAAUUCAUCCUCUUGGGUUAUAUCGACCAGCUACGGAAAGAUCCAGCUCUUCUGUCGUCUGAAGCUGUGCUUCCUGACCUGAAUGAUGAACUUGCACCUGUUUUUCUCCUUCGGUGGAUCUACUCUGCUUCUGACUAUAUCUCAGACUGCUGGGAUGGCUUAUUUCACAGCAAUUGGCGGGAAAUGAUGCCUCUCCUGUCCCUGAUCUUCUCUGCCCUCUUCAUCCUCUUCGGCACCGUCAUUGUCCAGGCUUUCAGUGACUCGAAUGAUGAGCGGGAAUCAAACCCUCCAGAUAAAGAGGAAGCCCAUGAGAAGGCUGGGAAGACAGAGCCAAGCUUCACCAAAGAAAACACCAGCAAGAUUCCUAAAAAAGGCUUUGUGGAGGUGACUGAACUCACAGAUGUGACAUACACCAGUAAUUUGGUACGCCUGAGGCCAGGCCACAUGAACGUGGUCCUCAUCCUGUCAAAUUCCACCAAGAACAGCCUACUCCAGAAAUUUGCUUUGGAGGUCUACACAUUCACUGGGAGCAACUGCCUACACUUCUCCUUCCUGAGUCUAGAUAAACACAGAGAAUGGCUAGAAUACUUACUGGAAUUUGCUCAGGAUGCAGCCCCCAUCCCAAACCAGUAUGACAAGCAUUUCAUGGAACGUGACUACACUGGUUAUGUACUGGCUCUGAAUGGCCAUAAGAAAUACUUCUGCCUCUUCAAGCCCCAAAAAACAGUCGAAGAGGAGGAAGCCCUGGGCUCCUGCAGUGAUCUUGACUCUUCCCUCCACCUGAGCGAAUCUCGAGGGAAAUCUUCCAGUGGCCUUGGAUCCAGGCCCAUCAAAGGGAAAUUGAGCAAGUUGUCCUUAUGGAUGGAACGCCUGUUGGAGGGCUCCUUACAGAGGUUUUAUAUCCCAUCAUGGCCGGAACUAGACUGAGAGGAUUUCGAAAGAGAUUUGAACUCUUCAGACUUUUUAACGUGCCCCUGUGAACAGGUAUUUUCAGGACUCAAACUAUCACAAUGAAGAGAGUAUAGAUUUUAGAUUACUCUUCUAGAACAAUGGCUAGAAGAAUCUUUCCUUUGUCCUGUUCUAACCUCGGAGUGAAAACUCCACAAGUUUGAAUUCCCUA